CCUGUUGGCGCCAAGCGGCGACAGCGGCUCCCGCUCGGCCGGUCCGCUCUCGGCCAUGGACGCCACCGUGCCCGGCUACUCACCCGGCUUCAAGAAGCCGCCGGCCACGCUGCGGCUGAAGCGCAAGCGGCCGCGGAGGAGCGAGCCCGCCGCCCCCCAGCCCUGCGGCGCGGCCCCGAGGGCCCCCUCCGCGCCCGCCCGCCGCAACCCCUUCUCCAGUCUGGACAACGCGCCGCGGCAGCCGGGCCGGCGGCAUCAGGGGGAACCGGCACCGCCGGGGGGGGGGCCCGCCUCGGCAGCGCCCUUCUGGCAGUUUUUGGAGUCUGCAGGGGAAGAUGAGCCGGCCCGGAGCGUGGGGCUCUCAGAGGGAACCAACGUCCUGGCACUACCCGAGGACCUUCAUUUACCCGUUCCUACACCCACCGUCCCCACCUCACCAAAACACGAGUUUCCUGCAGACUGGAGCAUAAAAACACGACUUCUGUUUACAUCUUCUCAACCUUUCACCUGGGCAGAGCAUUUAAAAGCACAGGAGGAAGCUCAGGGAUUUGCUCAGCACUGCAGAGCAGCAGAAAUAAAUUUGCCACAGAGUGUACAGGAACCAAAACUGUCCACAGAACUGCGUUGUGCCUUUCAGCAGAGCCUUGUUUACUGGCUUCACCCAUCAUUGCCGUGGCUGCAGCUGUUCCCUCGUAUUGGAGCAGACAGAAAGAUAGCAGGAAAGGCCUGUCCGUGGGCACAGGAUGAGGCCUUGCAGCAAGCACUGAUGAGCGACUGGUCUGUCAGCUUUACUUCUCUAUACAACCUGCUCAAAGCCAAGCUGUGCCCCUACUUCUAUGUGUGCACUUACCAGUUUACUGUCCUGUUCCGUGCAGCUGGUCUGGCGGGAAGCGAUGUUAUCACAGCGGUGCUUUCUCCCACCACCAGAGGUUUAAGGGAAGCCAUGAGAAAUGAAGGCAUAGAGUUUUCUCUACCUUUGGUAGAAGAAAGUAGAAGCAAAAAACAGAAGAACUCUGAAGGGAAUUUGGAAACAGAAGUUGCUCACGGCCCUGAAGUGGACAGAAGCCCCGAGGAUGGCAAGGAGGCUGCUCCAAGUGAUGAUGAUGAUGAUGGUUUCUCUUGGCUUGAGGAGAUGGGAGUCCAAGACAAGGUUAAAAAACCAGAUGCUAUUUCUAUUAAACUUCGUAAAGAGAAGCAUGAAGUGCAGGUGGAUCACAGACCUGAAUCCCUUGCAGUGGUGAAAGGAACAAACACCUUCACUUUAUUGAACUUCCUGAUAAACUGUAAGAGCCUGGUGGCUGUUGCAGGUCCACAGGCAGGGCUUCCUCCCACUCUGUUGUCUCCUGUCGCUUUCCGAGGUGGAACAAUGCAAACGCUCAAAGCUCGUAGUAUGAAUGCAAAAGCCAGGGUCCGCCUGGCAUAUGAAGAUAUCUUCAGUUUGGAGAUCGUAGGCCCCGUCCUGCCUCAUUCUCUCCACUCACUGACCAUGCUUCUGCAGUCUGCACAGCAGGGAGCGUUUUCUGCAGUGCUGUAUACAUACGAGCCAACAGCUGUGUUUAACACUCAUCUCGAUAAUGCGAGCGCUGCCUUAAAGAAGGAAACCAUAAGCAAAGACCUGCUGAAGUGUGGGCUGCAUUCUAAAACUUUGGAUCAACUGAGUCAGGUGCCAACGCUGGGAAAAUCUUCCCUCCGGUCUCUGGAAAUGAAGGACUAUGCCUAUGCCUGGAAGUCCUAGGUACGUGCUGGUUGGAGGCGGUGGAGCAGAAAGCUCUCCAGUAUGCAGUUGCUGUGCUUCCUUCAGGCCUGCAGGGCAGCACCUGUGCUGUACCAGGAGGGACAUAACCUAGUCGAACAUCACAGGCAAUUCUUGCACGCCACAGCAAUAAAACACCUCGUGAUGUUUUCAUCUUUCAAAGGAAGCUGAGGAAAAGGCCUUGGACAUCUCCUUUUGUAUUUUAGAAAACAUUUUUUAAAAUAAAAUUUUAUUAAGAAGUUU